GGAAGCGUUUAGAUGUUUAUAGCCCGGCCUCCAGCAUUAUGAGACUACAACUGAAAUGAAAAGGGCUGGGUUUUGAAGAUGAUACGGCUCCAAAAACUUUCAAAGUAGUGAGAAGGAGGCUUUGUCCAGCUUUUGGCAGGAAUCGGGGUUAGCAAUACCUCAGCGGUUUACUGCGGCCAAGAGGGCGCGGGACCGCCCCAGUUGCCCCGCCGUGAUAUAGAGUGGACGUCUCUACGGUUGAGUAAACAGAGUGGUUCCUCUCUUCCUCACGCCGUGGAGCUGCGCAUGAGCAGUAGCCGCAUCGUUGGAAAGAUGGCGGAGGAAGAGCCAAGGAAAAAAAUCCCUUUGGUUCCGGAAAAUCUCCUGAAAAAGAGGAAGGCUUAUCAGGCCCUCAAAGCCACCCAGGCAAAGCAGGCGCUUUUGCAAAAGAAGGAGCAGAGGAAAGGAAAACAGCUCAAGUUUAAGCGACUAGAAUGGUUCCUGCAUGAUUCCUGGCGGCAGCUACGUGACAGGGUGCGCCUCAGACGACUAGAAGUGAAACCGCAUGGCUUGGAAAUGCCAGAUAAACAUUCCUUGGCCUUUGUUGUACGCCUUGAAAGGAUUAAUGGGGUGAGUUCACUUGUGCAGAGGACCAUUGGAAGACUUCGCCUGAAUAAGAUUUUCAGUGGUGUGUUUGUGAAAGUAACCCCUCAAACCAUAAAAACACUCCGUAUAGUGGAACCUUAUGUCACCUGGGGAUUUCCAAAUCUGAAGUCUGUUCGGGAACUCAUCUUGAAACGUGGACAAGCCAAAGUCAAGAAUAAAAUCGUCCCUCUGACAGACAACACAGUGAUAGAGGAGCACCUGGGGAAGUUUGGUGUCAUUUGCUUGGAAGACCUUAUUCAUGAAAUUGCCUUCCCGGGGAAGAAUUUUCAGGAGAUCUCAGGGUUCUUGCGCCCUUUCCAGCUCUCAGUGGCCCGUCAUGCUACCAAGAAUAGAGUGGGCUUCCUCAAGGAAGUGGGUUCACCUGGCUAUCGAGGUGAACGCAUCAACCAGCUCAUCCGGCAGCUGAACUAAACCCAGGACUGCUGCACAUCAUGAGGACUGAUCCACAGACAUUUCCACGAGGUCUUCAGUUGCCUGAGGACUCCUUGUGACCAGAGGAGCAAAAUGUCCCUUUAUUCUUUGGAACUGAAUAAUUCAGUCUUAUUUCACUAGCAAAAGUUUUCAGACCAUAUACAGCUCAUUUUUUUCAAUUUAAGCCAAAUUUAACAAGAACGCAGUGACCUAUGCUUCCCAGGCCCCCUAGGUCUUUCCUAGGAAAUGCUCAGUUGCCCCUUAAGACUCCAAGUCUUACAGUCUACUCAAGCAAUAGAAACAAAAGGGACCUAAUGAAACUUACAAGCUUCUGCACAGCAAAGGAAACCAUAAGUAAAACAAAAAGACAACCUACAGACUGGGAAAAAUUUUUGCAAAUGAAACCGACAAAGGCUUGAUCUCCAGAAUAUAUAAGCAGCUCAUACGACUUAAUAAGAAAAAAACAAACAACCCAAUCCAAAAAUGGGCAGAAGACCUAAACAAGCAAUUCUCCAAGGAAGACUUACAAAUGAUCAAUAGGCACAUGAAAAAAUGCUCAAUAUCACUAAUUAUCAGAGAAAUGCAAAUCAAAACUACAAUGAGGUAUCACCUGACACCAGUCAGAAUGGCCAUCAUUCAAAAAUCUGCAAAUGACAGAUGCUGGAGAAGCUGUGGAGAAAAGGGAACCCUCCUUCACUGCUGGUGGGAAUGCAGUUUGGUGCAGCCACUGUGGAAAACAGUAUGAAGAUUCCUCAAAAGACUAGGAAUAGACUUACCGUAUGACCCAGGAAUCCCGCUCCUGGGCAUAUAUCCAGAAGGAACCCUACUUCAAAAUGAUACCUGCACCCCAAUGUUCACAGCAGCACUAUUUACAAUAGACAAGACAUGGAAACAGCCUAAGUGUCCAUCAACAGACGACUGGAUAAAGAAGAUGUGGUAUAUUUAUACAAUGGAAUACUACUCAGCCAUAAAAAACCGACAACGUAACGCCAUUUGCAGCAACAUGGAUGCUCCUGGAGAAUGUCAUUCUAAGUGAAGUAAGCCAGAAAGAGAAAGAAAAAUACCAUAUGAGAUCACUCAUAUGUGGAAUCUAAAAAAAAAACCAAAAACAAAGCAUAAAUACAAAACAGAAACAGACUCAUAGACGCAGAAUACAAACUUGUGGUUGCCAAGGGGGC